UCAGUUGCAAAUUUUAUAUGAGUAGAAAACUGAUUUUUUGUAAUUUUCUAGAAAUAAAAGAUACUGAUGCUUAGACAUGAAAUGAUAAUUCUGUUAUAACAACGUAAUUUUUUAACGUGUCUAUGUCAUUACCAAGAAAAACGCAAUUACUAAAAAGAUUGAUAAACGUAAAAAAAAUGUACAUGUAUUUAUCAUCUUAUAGCCAUCGAGCAUGCCAGUGUCCUCAAAUUAGUAUAAGACUAUCGUUUCCAUAUAAUAGAGAUGAAGGUCCGAAUUUUGCUACUCUUCUUUCUUUUAACGUUUCUUUUAGCCAAUGAUGUAAGUGCAGGAAGAUCUGGAUCCUCGCGAAGCUCGUCAUCACGAAGUUCGUCAUCACGAAGUUCAUAUUCUUCGUCUAGACAUGGUUCAAGCUCCAGUUCUAGACAUGAAAGUUCAUCAGGUAGUCACACAACGGGAUCAAGACAUUACGGAUUCGGAAGCUCAUCAGGUGGACACAUGACAGGAUCAAGCUCUUUUGGACAUGGAAGUUCAUCGGGAGGACACACAGGAUCAAACCCAACUAGAACUACGUCGAGUCAAACUUCGCAUCAACAAAAAGAUGCAUCUUCAACGUUUUUACAAGCUGAAGGAGGAGGCGCCACACGACCCUCUCAAACUAAUUCCGGGCAAUCUAGUCGACCAUCAGCACCACAUGGCAAUAUAGGAACUUAUCCUGGGAGUCAUGGAACAACAGGCUUUAUAACAGAAAGUAAACAAAAUUCUGCACCAUAUAAUCCAUCAGCACCGUAUAAUCCAUAUAGUCCAUCAGCACCGUCGACUAAUCAUUUGUCGAAAUCCAUUGUUGUACCAUCGCAAAAUCAUGUUCCAACUUCUUUUGGCCAACCAAGCGCGCCUUAUAAUCCAUCACAAGGAACUGCACUUAAUAAUCCUCCAUGGAGCAAUCCUCAUUUCAAUCCGAUCCAAUCUCACCCAUCAGGUCCCACUUCUACUAACAUCGGCUUCAAAGAUCAUCUGCGUCCAACUUCGAUGCCGAUUCCACCUUACCCGCAUCCUCCUUAUCCUACUUCUGGUUUCAAUUCUCCUUCAUAUACCAGUCAUCCCUUCAGUCAUUCGAAUCAACCUCAUGUACCUUCCUCGCACAAUCCCAGUUACUCUUUUCCCGGUCAAUCAUUUGGACAUCCUUCCAGUUAUCCAGCGCAUAUUCCGCCACCCGUACCAGGUACAUUCGGAAAUCCAUAUUCUACACACCCCGUUGGCGGAAUGUAUGGCACAGCUGGACACACUUAUUAUCCUCAACAACAUGUUCUGGCGCAGCCGGCAGCGCAACCAUAUAUACCUGGACAAACGGUCAUAAUGGUUCCUGGUCAACAAGACAGCGGCAGAGGCUUUGGUCAGAUGGUGAAAGAAGCACUUGUGUUCUCCACAAUCAACGCCGGUGUAAAUAGGCUGAUAAAUCCGCAUCAACAUUACGUGCAGAGUUAUAGUAGUCCAAAUAGUGGUACCAGUCCAAGUAGUGGUACCAGUGAAACGCAUAUAACUUAUAAUAAUCAUUAUUUUAAUACAGUUCCUCCGGGUAGUAUUUCUCCGGCUUCAUCAAAUACACUUCAAGGAAAUGUUCCUAUUGUAUCUCCUGUCAAUUCAAAUCCUAUAAACAAUCCAAUUAUUACUCCGGGUGUAUCAAUUCCUACAAUUGUCAGCAAUGGUAGCACAAUAUAUCCGGUUGGCAAUUCUUCCAUAAACACAGCUAACAAAGUGGAAACUCCUUCAGUUUCUACUAGCAAUAUAGGGAAUAAUCAAGGAAUGCCCAAUCAAGGAACAGCUAUUUAUUCUCCGCAAUAUAAAAUAUCAGAUGACGAUCUAUUAAUGUUGACCGAAGAGUUAUUCGUGAAACAAGAAGUUAACAUAUCCAAGUAUUUGACGUUACAUCUGCAGAGUAAAUCUGAAAACGUAACCGAUGCAGCUAAGGGACCAUUAAUUUACGUGCAAGAAGAAGCAUAUAAUUAUCCAACGAUCUUAGCUAUUCGAGCUCUGUACGACAAUUACGAACACAAUUCUACUGUAAAAGAAACUCGUACAGCAGAAAAGCGAAAGAGAGAGGAGUUUCUGUUAGACAUGUUUGUGAAUACGAAUGUGAUGACUAGAACUCUGCGAUGGUUAUCAGAUCAAGGUUUCAUCAAUCCCUAUGACUUCGAGAAAGACACUUUGCGGCGUAUCUGGUUCAACACGUUUAAUGGUGCUACAUCAGGUUUUGAGCGAGUGUUCACAUCUGAAAGAUAUGGUACGGAGCUUCUUGGAGUACAGGACUGGAUUUAUUUUAAUUAUCAGGAAUCGAAGAAUCGUAUUGAUUACAUGGGAUACGUUGAUACUAUGAAGCUUGGCGACAGAGCCUCAUUGGUGAAAUUGAACUUCCAAAUGGAUGAUAUUGUUAGACCAAACGCAACGAUAUUCGUGGGCACGCUUCCCGAACUUGAAAUGGCUUUGUACAUGAUAUGUUUUUAUACCAGGCCGAAUAAUUUAUGUCCCGUUUCACUUGGCGGAAACAAGUUUAAUAUUUACACGCAUUCAUUUAGAUAUUAUGGGCAAGAUCUUAUAGAUCUUGCGCUUCCUGUUUUCUAAUUUUGUAUCAUAUGAAUAAAUUUUCGGACGUGAUAAUGUAAAUUAUUAAAAUACACAGUUUGAGCGUAUUUUAACAGCAAUAUCAAAUGUAAGAAUGUGUGAUUGAAAUAUAUAAAUUACUUUUUUCAAAUUUUUAUUCACGUAAUGCGAUAAAUCUUG